AUAUUUAUUUCAUCCUUAGAACUAUAAAUGAACAACAGUUUAUAAAUAAAUUCUGAAAAUGUCUCACAGUCAUUACAAUUUUAUUUUAUUUCUGAUUAUUAUUUGUACACACGUGUCUAGACUUGACGCACACGGACGCUUUAUGAAACCGCCCAACAGAUCAUCUGUUUGGAGAUUUCAAGAAUUUGCCAGUUACAAUCCACCCAAAAACUACAACGACAAUGAGCUUUUCUGUGGAUCUAUUCACCAGAAAGACAAUCCCGGAGAGGAGUGUGGAGUUUGUGGUGACCCCGUGAGCCAAGCAACGCCGAGGGACAACGAGAUUGGUGGAACUUUCUACAAAGGAAUCAUCACUGGGCGCUACACUUCUGGUCAGGUCAUCGAUGUCGAAGUGGAAUUGACCAGAAGUCAUAAAGGAUUUAUGGAGUGGCGACUCUGCACCAACCCCAAGUCUGCCGAGACGCAGGACUGUUUCAACAAAAACUUGCUUCAGUUGGCAGAUGGGUCGGGGUCGAAACUUAUCGUGAACGACAGCAGCGGUUGGUACAAAACCCAACUACGGUUGCCUCAAGGCGUGACUUGUGACCAUUGUUCCAUUCAGUGGAACUACAGAGCUGGAAAUAACUGGGGAACUUGUCCAAACGGGACUUCGACGAUUGGUUGCGGCCCUCAGGAAACUUUUCGUGGGUGUUCAGACAUUACAAUUUCUUGAAUGAUGCUAAUGUUUCAUUCCGUUGAUCUGAAUUGGACCAACACUACUAUGAAAGUUAUCAUCGAUCCAAUCAUCUAAAGUAAAAUUUAUCAUAGCUAUUAAUUUGGGUCACAUUCCUUCAUGUCAUCCGUACACAUACAUAUAUUUAAGAACUACUGCUUUUCUAUUGUAUUACCGUCACCACCAAUUUUCGGUCAACCACAAAAAAUCCACAAGCAUUAAUCUGGAAUUUGUGUUUAUUCACAAGUUGUUUUAAAUCCUGCAAAUCCUGUUUCUGUUGACUGGAACUGAUAGCACAAGGGUCGAUGAAGUCCAGACUUAAGAUAAAUUCUUCUCUCUGUUACGAAUAAAAAAUAUUUUAAUCUGGA